AUGUCACCUCCAAUUGCAAAAAGGAAGUGUGGUGUUCUUGGUGCAACAGGUUCUGUGGGCCAACGAUUCAUUCUGCUCCUCGCGAAUCACCCGUUCCUCGUGCUCCACAAAGUCGGAGCUUCAUCUCGCUCCUCUGGCAAGAAGUACAAAGAUGCAGUUAGAUGGAAGCAAGCGACCCCCAUGUCGAAGGGACUGGGCGAACUCAUCGUCCAAGACUGCAGAGCUACAGAUUUCAGCGAUUGUGACCUGGUAUUCUCCGGUUUAGACAGCGACAUUGCCGGGGACAUCGAGAUGGAAUUUGUGAAGGCUGAAAUUCCGAUUUUCUCGAACGCAAAAAACUACCGCAGGCAUCCACUUGUUCCACUUGUGGUUCCAACCGUUAAUCCGUCACACUUGGACAUAAUCCCGCACCAGCGCAAGGAGUUCGGUUUGAAAAAGGGCUUCUUAGUGUGCAACUCAAACUGUGCGGUGAUUGGAAUUGUCAUCCCGUUCGCCGCUCUGCAAUCUAAGUAUGGCCUUGUUGACGAAAUCGAAGUCUUCACCGAACAGGCUAUCUCGGGGGCUGGUUACCCCGGUGUCCCUUCUAUGGAUAUUGUGGAUAAUGUUGUCCCAUUUAUUAGCGGCGAGGAAGAUAAGCUCGAGAACGAGGCGCAGAAGAUCCUUGGUUCCAUAAAUGAUGAUGCCAGCGCCUUCCAAGAGCAAAGCGGUCUCCGGGUUGGUGCCACUUGCACCCGGGUUGGGGUUACGGACGGCCAUCUGGCAUUUGUAUCGCUACGCUUCAAGAACCGACCACCACCAACUGCUAUACAAGUGAAGAAGGCGUUACAAGAGUACCGAUCUGAGGCCCAGAAAUUAAAUGCUCACUCGGCUCCAGAACAGACAAUCAUAGUCUUCGAUGAGCCUGAUAGACCACAGCCGAGACUGGACCGCAACUUAUCUAACGGCUACGCAGUUAGCGUGGGCCGAGUCCGAAAUGGUGCUCAGGGCGGCCACUUUGAUAUUCGUUUCGCAUGCCUAUCACACAAUACAGUAAUUGGUGCUGCCGGUUCAUCUAUCUUGAAUGCUGAAAUUGCUGCAAUCAAGGGAUACCUCUAA